UCUCUGACAGCAUUUCGCAUCGUGUUUGAUUUGUUUUUUUGUUUUGUUUUUUUUUUGUCUUUCUCUUGAGCGUCCGUGCCGGUGAUGAUCAGUAAAGUUAAAAACGCCGUGUCCAAUCUGGUGGGAGGGAUGAUACCCCACGGACACCAUCACCACCACAACCAUCAGUCAGGUGCCGGCCAGACGUGCGGACCGGACGGCCUGCCGCCGCGCUUCCCGUACGGCCGGCCGGACUUCUUGGACCUCACCCCGGAGCUCCUGCAGUACUCCACCGAGCACGCGUCACGGCCGGUGCUCACGUUAAAGAGAGGCAGCAGGCUUCCCUGGGGAGCGGGAUACGCAGAGGUGAUCAAUGCGGGGAAGAGCAUGCUGAACGAGGACCAGGCCUCUUGUGAAAAACUGCACAUGAAGAAGCCGAGCAGCAAACAUCGCAACUCCACUCUGCUGGAGGACAAUGGGGAUGGCACGGGGAUCCCUCUCCACUUCUGGGGGGUGUUUGAUGGCCAUGCAGGUUCCGGAGCAGCUAUCAUGGCCUCUAAGCUUCUUCAUCUCCUCAUCAGAGACCGCUUAGGAGAAAUCUGCCACCUGCUGGAAAACCCCUCCAAUGCACCACCUAUCUGCCUGGCCAAGAACGGCAGCCCUUACCAGGCAGAUACAAAGAAGGGGGCAGCACAGGUACCGGAUGACCCAGAUGCUCUCUGCGACAACUCCGUGAGAUUUCACAUGGAGAAGGUUAUUGAUUUGGAGAGUCUGGUGAUGGGAGUCAUAGAAACUGCCUUCAAGCAGAUGGAUGAUCUAAUCGAAAAGGAAAAAGCAUCAUAUGCCAUCUCUGGUGGGUGUUGUGCCUUAGCUGCAAUUCAUUUAAUGGGGAAACUCUACGUAGCCAAUGCUGGAGAUAGCAGGGCUAUAAUCAUCAGAAAUAAUGAAAUUAUUCCCAUGACCAAUGAAUUCACACCUGAGUCAGAGAGACAACGACUUCAAUACCUGGGUUUCCUGAGGCCUGAGCUUUUGGGCAACGAGUUCACUCACAUCGAGUUCCCGCGAAGGAUCCAGCACAGCGAACUGGGCAAAAAGAUGCUCUACAGAGAUCACACUAUGACUGGCUGGGCUUACAAGACAAUCGUAGAAGAUGAUCUCAAAUUUCCCCUGAUAUAUGGUGAAGGAAAAAAGGCACGAGUAAUGGCAACAAUCGGAGUGACCCGUGGGCUGGGAGAUCAUGAUCUAAAGGUGUACAACUCAAACAUUUACAUCAAGCCCUUCCUGUCAUGUGUCCCUGAGGUGAAGGUUUAUAACCUGGAUGACAACAAACAUGGUCCAGAUGAUGUCUUAGUCAUAGGUACAGAUGGAUUGUGGGAUGUAACGACAGACAAGGAAGUGGCUGAUGCUGUGUCCGCCUACUUAUCCUGCUGUGACCCCUCUGAUCCCAUGAGGUACACCCUGGCGGCUCAAGACCUGUUGAUGAGGUCACGAGGCGUGCUGAAAGAGCGCGGCUGGCGGUUGCCUAAUGAUAAACUGGGCUCGGGCGAUGACAUCACCGUGUUUGUCAUCCCGCUGGCCGGACACGAGUCAGAGACAUGACCAGGUGCCGUUACCAUGGCUACGACAGGGCUGACUCUUUGGGGUCCAUCCCUUGCUCCCUGCGUGCGCCUCAAAUUCCAGACUGAUGGUACAGAAUUAGACGGGGAGAACAAACUUUGUCAUUGGGAAGACUCGGGUCUGAGCAGCACCUUCAUCAGACCCAAAACCAGUCCCGCAUCAUCUCAACCCACCAUCAGCCAUGUGAAACCUGACAAGUCCGGACCUGCUGUAUGUGACGGCUGCCAGUGAGUUUUUAAUGUAUUUUUCCCUCC